AUGGUUCGCCUGAAAAACCGUUACCUUCUCCUCGACAUCCUCUACCCAGAGCCGGAAACAUGGCCUCCCAAGUCCAAAUCUUCUACGGCGUCUCCCCAAUUAGCCAUUCAUGCCCCGACCUCUGACGCGCUCUCCCCCGGUCUUCUGGCAAAGAUGAUUCGCGAAGAGGUCGCCGAACUAUACGGUGACUGGGGAGUUGGAAGGCUGGGCGGCGCAGCUGCCACUGGAAUCAAUGUGAAAUACCUUUCUCCUGCAACUUCCACAGCCAUCAUCCGGUGCCCUCGUGCCUCUUUUCGCCUUGUCUGGUCCGCACUAACAUACAUGUCCCAUGUGCCAGCCCCGGGCCCAGCAGGGAAGAAAGUCACGGGCGGGAAGGAACGCCCAUGUGUGUUCAGAGUACUGCGGGUAUCAGGGACCAUGCGCAAGGCCGAGGAAGAAGCAAUUCGGCGGGCAAGGAGAGAAAUUGUCCGCGCCCGAGGUGUUGCGGAGUCAAGCGUGCUGGGAGAUCUGAUUUCGGGGGCUUCUGACCCCGCUGUUCCAACCCUGAAUCCUGCUACCGUGAAAACAAUCGUGGAUGAAAGUGAAGAUGAGGAAAUGUUGGAUGAUGAGGAUGAUUGA